AUGAAUUUGGAUAUCAACAGGGAAUUCAACUCGAUAAACAAAGAAUUGCGAAAAGAGUAUCGUUCUACAAGGAACCGCAUCCACUCUAUUUUAUAUGACUCGCGGUUUGUUUUAAAGGUUGCAGAAGCCUAUCCUUUUCCAGUGGUAGCCAACGAAAGAUGUGGAUCAUGGUACGUCCCUCCAGAGAGAAUAACCGAGACAUGCUAUUUCAAAUCCACAGAUGGGCAUAUCAAUAACUGGGAUUUUAGUACCAGACGACUGAAUUUUCACAUCCUACCAUUAAUAGCACAGCAUAAGGGUGUGCUGAUUGUGGAUUCUACCAGACGGGGCAAAAAAAUUCCGGACUCCUUGAGCAAAACCAUUCCUAUUUGGUGUGCAGUAUUGAACGCAAUAAGAGACGGCUCUCGUGAUUCAGAACUCCUCACUCCUCUCAAAUCUAUUGCACGCUCAGAACAUUUACGUAUACGCGAGAAGUUACCACUGCUAGUUGAAAAAGCACGACGAUUGGACGUCAUCAGCCAGCAGCAGCUCAAAAAGCUUUUCGACAAGCCGCUGAAACCUGUUUGGAUCACCCCUCGCUCCAAACUUCCUCUGGAAGUGCAGAGUUCCGACCAGCUACCCUACAUUCCCAUCUACCUCGUGACAGCCAGUUUUCAAUGCCAAGAUGGAACUUUAUCCAUGGACAGUUUCUUGUAUGUUCAGGGAGCUGCGGAUGACCAUGAACUUUGGUCUAACGGGUUGACCCCCAAUCUUCUGUGGAGUCAUUUGGACUACUUUAUUGAAAGAGAUCGAACCGAUGAAGAGCUUCGGGAGAUUAUUGCGUCCAUCAGAUCGGAAAAAGCAAGUUCAUCGCAAAUAUUCACAAAUCUUCUCCAAGUGAGGCCCAGAUUGUUCAAGGCAAAGCUCACAACGCAACACAUUCAAUCCCUACCAGAUUACGACCUAGUUGUGGUGCUGGACGAAAAGGUGACUUUUGUGUCACGUGAUAAGAACGAAAAGCCAGUACUUUUACAUGUACUCUUGACUUCUGGUUCGAAGAAGUCUGGAAAAGAGCUACGCAACAAGUUGCCGACGAUUAUGAAAGAACUAGUGCCUGCAUAUACCGCAAAUAAGAGUAUACUGGUGUUAUGCGGAACAGGAUGCGAUCUUUCGGUCGGAGUAAUUUUGUGUCUGCUAUCUGCUGAGACCCAAGAUAUUGACAAAUCUGUGAUCAGAAAGCACCUCAUAGAGCUCAUUGCCUUAGACAAAGAGAUCAACCCUAGCCGGGCAACCUUGAACUCUGUAAAUACAUUUUUAAUGUCGUGA